AGAACUUAAAAAACAGCAGAAAAAGCAACAGUUGGGUGAAAAUAUAGAAGAAAAAGAGGAGACAGCUAAAAAUGCUGAGGAGAAAGCAUUGUCUAGGAAACAGAAGAGACAGCAGCUUCCUCCAAGUGAGAAAGAAAAUGAAGAAAUGGAUGAAAGAAAACGUAGAAAGCAAAAGGAACAGCAACCCUCAGAGCAGCUGCUUAAACGAGGACAGAAAUCUGCAGGAAGAAAUGAAUAUGAAGGCAAAGGAAAGAAAGCCAGGAAAAAACAACAGCAAUUGCUGAAGCAGGAACAACUGGAAAAGAGAAGAGAACAACAACAAAAAAAGGCAAAGCCAAAGAUUUCUGAUGUUCUGAUUCAAGGUCCAGAAACAGUAGAAGCACCCAAAGAUGGUGAGGAAUCUGAUGAUGAAAAAGAAGCUUUAUUUGCUGAGGAGAAUAUUUCCCAGGAAAGUGGUUCUAUAAUAGAUUCACUGACUGGUUGUCCCCACCCGGAAGAUAUUUUGUUAUUUGCUAUACCAGUCUGUUCACCAUACAACACCAUGCACAAUUAUAAAUAUAAAGUUAAACUAACUCCAGGAAAUAGCAAACGAGGGAAAGCUGCCAAGACUGCAUUACACAUGUUCCAACUUAGCAAGGACACAACAAGCAGAGAAAAAGAUCUCUUCAAAAGCGUCAGAGACAAUGAUCUUUCUCGUAAUUUGCCUGGGAAAGUCAAAGUAUCAGCUCCUAAUCUACAGAAAAUGAAAAGGAAAUAACUGAUGUUUAAUAAACAUAAAUAAUAUUUAAAUUGAAUAAAUGAACUUGUUGA